AUGAGACGUGCUCACACUGAGUUAGAUUUGAUUAAAGCAAGCACUGCCGACAGAGAAACCAAAGCCGAAUCAGCUACAUUCACUCAAUCCCCCACUUUUCUCCUCGGCCUGUUUAAUCAAACGCCCAUUGAAAACCUAAUAGCAGGCCUGCCUUCUCGACAGGAUGCUGAUACCCUUGUUGCACAAUGCCUGGACUCUGGAGAGCCAUCAUUUAGUAUGUUUUGA